GCAAAGCUGUGUGUGGGCCAUAAGGAUGACUUCGGAUGUGUAUCGAUAUUACUACAUCCCGUGCAAGGGAGAACUAGUGGAGAUGGAUCAAAUGAGUGAGGCACAGAGCUACAUUGGGCAGAGCUAUUUGCAGAAUUACCUCGUCCCACACUAUGAGAGCUCCUUCUCUGAUGGGUGGCACACGCCAAGUCCGGGCAGUAUGAGAUCGUCAAGUCCCGAGUAUAUUGAUUUAAAUCCACCACCUCAAUUUGGGGUCCCAUGCAAAACUAUACCGCCAAUUGAUUCACUCACGAAAGGGAAAAGGCGAAAUUAUCGAAAGCAUCAGUCUGCGAUUAUUUCAGUCACGAAAGACACCGCUCUUGUUUCGCCAGCAGCGGAGGAUUUGGGGAUCAGCAAAAAAGCAACAAGUGAAAAUAAUCUCGUCGUCACAGUAUUCAAUGAAACAUCAAUGCCCAUUGAUCAGGACGUGUUGACGGAGGAUAGUGCCGAUGAGGCUCUCUUCGAUGUGACGGACUACCCAAGUAGCACAGAUGGUAUCGAAGGGGGUGGAAAGAAGAGGCGAGGUAAGCAAGUGUCGCCGGUGGUGAAGCGAAAGAGGCGUCUGGCGGCAAAUGCGCGGGAACGGAAGCGGAUGAGAACACUGAAUUCAGCAUUCGACAGACUACGACAGUAUUUGCCAUCACUUGGCAAUGAUCGGCAGCUAUCCAAGCACGAGACACUCCAAAUGGCACAAACAUAUAUCACAGCCCUAUGGGAGCUUCUUCAGUAAUCAACCCCCCAAAAAAUCAUCCCCUAAGCAGUAUUAUUUAAUUGCUCUACAUUAAAACUAUAAUAUAGUUUUUGAGGCUGACUUCAAUCAAAAUUCCUGUUGCCAUUCAAAUUGUUAUUUGUACAACGUUAGUUAACAAGUGCGCCUAUUUAUUGCCAUAUACAUAAUUAUUUUAUAAUGUAUUAAUUAUCCUUUAUUUGCCAUUGUCCGUACCAUCCAUCAGAUGAUAUAUAGUUUUAGAAACUCCUAGACGUACCUUACUUUAUUUCCAAAUUUUGUUGUAAGUUCAUUAAUGAAUGUUAUUGAAGCGUGUGUACAUGAAAAGGCGGUUGAGACGCCGCACAGUGCAGAAAACAC